AUGAAGCAAAGGUUCUCUUCAAUAGAUGUCAAAGUCAUUGCACAUGAGCUGGCAAAUGCCCUCACAACGCUACGAGUCUCCAAUAUCUACGACCUCUCCUCCAAAAUCUUCCUCGUCAAAUUCGCAAAGCCCGAGCACAAGCAGCAGAUCAUAAUAGACUCCGGUUUCCGAUGCCACCUCACAGAAUACUCUCGCGCAACCGCGGCCGAACCCUCGGAUUUCGUUAAGCGCUUGCGAAAGUACCUCAAGACGCGAAGAGUCACCUCCGUUUCCCAAGUCGGCACGGACCGAAUUAUCGAGUUCCAAUUUAGCGAUGGACAGUAUAAGCUGUUUUUGGAGUUCUAUGCGUCGGGCAAUGUUAUUCUUACGGAUAAGGAGCUGAAUAUAUUGGCACUGCUGAGGAUUGUGAAAGAGGGAGAGGCGCAGGAAGAGUUGAGGGUGGGGUUGAAAUAUUCGCUAGAGAAUAGGCAGAAUUAUGGGGGAAUCCCUCCUCUGACUGAUGAGCGGUUACGGAAAGGCUUGGAGAGGGCUGUAGAACGGGGAGAGGGCGAGCUAGUCGCAGGAAGGAAGGCAAAGAAGAAGGGUGCCGAUGCAUUGCGGAAGGCUUUGGCUGUUUCUAUCACAGAAUAUCCACCUAUGCUUGUCGAUCAUGCUAUGCAAAUCACUGGUUUUGAUUCUUCCCUUAAGCCCGCAGAGGUCUUACAAAGUGAGCCUCUCUUAGACCACUUAAUGCGGACCCUGCAAGAAGCUCAGAGGGUCGUUCAGGAGAUUACGAGCUCCGAAGUGUCAAAAGGUUACAUUCUAGCGAAGAAGAAAGACGGAUAUCAAGAAGGCUCUGAAGCAGAUGGUUCCCGUAAAGGGCUGAUCUAUGAUGAUUUCCAUCCAUUCCGACCUCGUCAGUUCGAAGGCGACGAGUCCAUAGUCUUCCUCGAAUUUGAAGGCUUCAACAAAACUGCCGAUGAAUUCUUCUCCUCAAUCGAAGGUCAGAAAUUGGAAUCUAAGCUUGAGGAAAGGGAGAAGACAGCCCAAAGGAAGAUUGAAGCUGCACGACAAGACCAAGCGAAGCGGUUAGGUGGCUUACAGGAAGUCCAGUCUCUCAAUGAGCGGAAAGCUGGAGCUCUUCAAGCCAAUGUGGAGAGAGUGCAAGAAGCUAUGGAUGCUGUUAAUGGUCUAAUCGGACAGGGUAUGGAUUGGGUGGAGAUCGGGAAGCUUGUUGAGAUUGAACAGAAACGCAAUAAUCCGGUUGCAUCGAUCAUCAAGUUGCCGUUGAAAUUACAUGAAAAUACCAUCUCAUUGCUGCUGGACGAGGAGCAGUUCGAUGAUGACGAUGAUCUCGAGUCUCAUUACGAGACGGACAGCGACGUUUCGGACAGUGAGGACGAGUCUCCCGAGAAGAAAGAGCCAAAACAGAAAGCCGCAGAGAGGCGGCUGACAAUUGAUAUCGAUCUUGCACUGUCGCCAUGGAGCAAUGCACGACAAUAUUACGACCAAAAACGAACUGCUGCCACGAAGGAAAUAAAAACAAUGGAGUCGUCUAGGAAAGCACUAAAGAGUCAAGAGGCGAGGAUAGCUCAGGAUCUGAAAAAGGGGCUGAAGCAAGAAAAGGCAAUCCUACGUCCAGUACGGAAACAAUUAUGGUUCGAGAAGUUCACAUGGUUUAUUUCGUCAGAUGGCUAUCUAGUUCUGGGUGGGAAGGACUCCCAACAAAGUGAGAUUCUUUACAAGAGGUAUUUGAAGAAAGGCGAUGUCUAUCUUAAUGCAGAUAUCCCGGGGGCGGCAUCAGUAAUCAUAAGGAACAAUCCGAAAACACCAGAUGCGCCAAUCCCACCCUCAACAUUAUCUCAGGCUGGAAGCUUGGUGGUAUCCUGCUCUAGUGCGUGGGAUUCGAAGGCUGGAAUGUCCGCCUUUUGGGCCAAUGCUGACCAGGUCUCGAAAUCAGCUCCUGGUGGAGAUUUCCUUCCAGUAGGGAGCUUCAAUGUCAGGGGGAAGAAGAAUUUCCUACCACCGGCUAUAUUGUUGCUUGGAUUCGGGGUCAUCUUUCAUAUCAGCGAGGCAAGCAAGGCGAGACACGUCAAGCACAGGGUUCAGGGUGUUGCAGAUACGCUUUCAGUAACUGAUGGACCAAAUGAGAACUUGGAUACAGACAGGGAGUCAGCUGUUCCUGAACUUGACGACGAUGAAGGCAGCGAGGACGACGAUGUUCAGGAAUCUGAUGAGGAGGUAGAGCAAGAACCACAGUUGAACCCACUCCAAACUCAACUUGCAACAGAAACCGUUAUCUCAGACGGCGAUGAGGAUCCUCUUACACAAGAGAUAGAGGAUCUCGAAAUUAAGGACUUGGACGCUCAUGAUGGAGACGACGCAGAGUCCAUUGCCGAAACCGAGAUGACCGAUAUUCCCACCCAAAACCCUAAAAACCCUCAGAAAAACGCACCUCCCCCUAAGCGGGGCAAAAAAGCCAAAGCCAAGAAAAUCGCCACUAAAUACAAAGACCAAGAUGAAGAAGACCGCCUCGCAGCCCAACAACUAAUUGGUGCCUCCACCGGCCAAGAAAAAGCACGUGCCGAAGCCGCAGCAAAAGCCACACGAGAAGCCGAACUCGCAUUCCAGAAAGAGCGACGAAGAGCUCAGCAUCAACGAACGCAGCAAGAAACAGCUGCGAAUGAAGAGAUGCGGAAAGCGAUGCUAGAGCAGGGUGCUAACGAACUCGACGACGGCGAGGAAGAUAAGAUGAAUAUCUUGGAUACGUUAGUCGGCAUGCCGCUCCGCGGCGAUGAGAUCCUGGAAGCCAUUCCUAUCUGUGCGCCAUGGGCUGCUCUAGGAACGUUUAAGUACAAAGCGAAGUUGCAGCCUGGGGCGCAGAAGAAGGGGAAGGCUGUCAAGGAGAUUGUGGCGAGGUGGGUGGCUGACGGGAAGGGGAAGGUGGAUGAGAAGAGUGAGGAUCGUGAGAGGGUUUGGCCGAGGGAGAUGGAAUUGUUAAAGGGGUGGAAGGUUGAGGAGGUUACAAAUACGGUGCCGGUUAGCAAGGUGAGGGUUAUGAUGGCUGGGGGAGCCCAGGCGGCGGCGGCGAAGGGUGGGCAGGGAGGGAAGAAGGGGAAUAAGGGGGGGAGUGGGAAGGGGAGUAAGAAAGGACGAUAG